GAUGAUUAUUUGUGUCAAUCUACCCUCAAUCAAGGGGGACGCGAGUAGAAGAAAAUAUACUUUCCCAGGUUAUGUAAAAGGCUAGACUGGCCGUAGACGGCCGUCGGUAUAAAGCCGCUCGUCCUCCCCAACGGCCAAGAGUUGCUCGCGAACUUUGCUGCAGCAACCAUCAUAGUGAAUCCUCACGUGCCACGGACCAUUCACCUGAAAUUAUAUAUUCAUUCGGAGACCGUCCUACUUUUUAUCCUUAAUCAUCUCACUCUUAUUUUUAAUAUUAAAGAACUUGUUUGAAUACAACAAGCUCGGCUCAUCCGAAAGUGAUGGGACACAACAUGCGCGCUCUUUUAAUAGUGGCCUUGGUGGGUCUGGUCAGGUCUCAGCAAUAUUUCCAAGAGCCUGAAAAAAUCAUAAGCGAAACUCGUAAGGUGGGCGACACGAGUGGUCAUUAUUCGUUCACUUACGAGACCGAGGGUGGAAUCCUACAGAAGGAGGAGGGUAGUAGAAAAUAUGCUGGUACGCCUGAGGAGACUCAGCUGAUUCAGGGAUCAGUGCAAUACAAUGCACCUGACGGUACACCUAUUGCACUUAGCUGGACUGCUGAUGAAUUUGGUACUCAAGUAUCUGGAACGCACAUUCCUACUCCGCCGCCAAUUCCUCCAGCAAUUCUGCGAGCUUUAGAAUGGAUCGCCAAGCAACCGUCAACCACCGAAGCACCUGAGGAACAGCCAAAAUCAUCAUCAAGUCAAAACGCAAUACCCGAUCAGCAGUACAGAUCAUCACAAAAUAAGAGAUACUAAAUAUGUCGAAAUAAAUGAUUAUUUUUUAUAAAAAGAAA